AUGACCCAGCCUGGUUCUCCAUGGAAGGCAACACUCUUGCCUUUCUCACGGAGCUUUCGUCGCCAAUCGGUUCUUUCGCCCCUGGUGGCCAAGGACACGCGGGACACGUCGAGCGUUGCUGUCUUUAAUCAAAGAUGUCUGGAGUUCCUGGAGGAGAAAGAAAUGCUGUCCUGCUCUGCGCUAUGUAAGGAAGGACAUUCCAGACUGCUUCAACCUACUCUUUCGACAGGUAUUCUGACACCUACCCAAGAAGGGCCAGUGUCUGGACUGCUGGUCGGGGUCAAGUUUCUAGUAGGGGAAGCACAUUUGACAGUCACGAAGGCAGUGCAAGACAAGUUGACAAUCAUCGCUGCUGUUAGCAUGAAUCCUUCAAAGCCUCUGCAGCAUCGACCGUGCGAGAUCUUGCCAAAUGCCUGGGGAUUUGGCUUCAAACAGCCCAUCUGGCCUGAUAUCACAGCAGGACUCUCAAUUCCAAUGUUCGUUUACUGA